UGGCACUUUCCACUUAGUCCUUUCUCCUACCUCGUCAUGCCCCGAGCCAAUCUCGAAGCUCCCUCCAGGCUUUCGGCAAUUGUCAACAAUUUAAGAGCCCAACCGCGGUUGACUCUACCCCAACUCUCCUCUCUCCGUCUCACGCUCGCGUCUCGCAAUGACCACUUCGGCGCUCGACAUUUCCUCAAGGAGCAGCUGCCGCGGAUACGUUUUGCAAACCCGGACCUUGACAUCAAAGUCCGCAAACUAAUCAAACGACCACAAGAUGAAUGGAGGCCUGAGAUUGAGUUGUCUUUCCGUGAUGGCAAAACGCAAACAAUGAAUUUGCAUGCACAAUGGUCAACCUCCAUCGUGCGCAGCCUCAUGGAUGCCGCAGGUUCCCCUGCGUGGUUCCGUUGGCUGACUGAAGUAGAACGGACUGGGGCGCCAAUCUUUCCAGGUCAAGAAAAUGCGCAGGAGAGCAUUUCUGCCCGUAGCGUUGGCCCUGAACCUCGGUUUUCGUAUGACCAAUGGAAAGCCAAACACCCUGGAAAGAUACGGGAUGUGAAGAAGCAACAGAGGGCGGCAGUUCGGCCAGUUGUGCUUGUCGAUCGUGCACAGGCAACGAUAGAAGCGGGGCAGAGAAAACAGGCGAGAAAGGAGGCAAAACAGGCGAUGCUGGAUGCACCACGAUUGGCUGAGGAAGAGGCUGAAAGACGUGUUGCGGAAGAAUUGGCCUCCAAACCUCGCACAGGUGCAGCAGCUAUAUUACCUUGAGCACAUAUCGUCACUACAAUUUGAUUGGUUGGUUGAACGUGGGUUGACUGGACAUCUUUCUACAUACAUAUGCGGAAUUAGAG